CCUCCGCCGACUACAACUGCGCCGGCGGCCUAGAGGGCGCUCUUGCCUCGCGACUCGCUUGUUGGUGUCUGGGAGGACUGGAGGCCAGGUUGUAGCGGCGGGUGAGAAAGCUGCUUCCCCACGUGGACUGAGGACACAUGCGCCGCCUUGUCGCCCACCUGCAGGAUCACAGUGUUGGCAGACGCUUCCCUUACAUCCCCCGCCUCCAGCAGCAGCAGCAGCGGCGGCCGGCUCUGCUCCAUAGAGGGCCGGGGACAGAUUUAUUUAGAAAGUUCCACUGUGCCUUCAAAGCCAUGGAUUCUGUCGAAAUGACGACCAUUUCACUGAAACGUCACCUUACGUCUGAAGACCUCGCCAUAGAGAAGGCAAAGAAACAAAAACUUUCAGAAAAUGAUUUCACUGAUGAAUCUCUGAUUGAUCUUCAGGAAACUGUUCAAACCAAAAAAGCCAUAGAAACAGAAACUGUUGAUGAAACCCCACUCACUAAAACUGAGGAAGAUAAUGACAGUGAAGGGGAAAAUGAAUUUCUGGAGGCGGAGCCUGAUGAAGGGGAACCUGAAAGCUUUGCUGAUAUGAUGAAACAUGGGUUGACUGAAGUUGAUGUUGGUAUCACCAAAUUUGUGAGCAUUCAUGAAGGUUUUUCUGGAAUCUUGAAGGAAAGAUAUUCUGAUUUUGUUGUGCAUGAAAUAGGAAAAGAUGGGAAGAUAAUUUACUUGAAUGACUUGUCAGUUCCAGCUGAUAAUGAGGAUCCAUCAGAGGACAUUUAUUCAGUCUUAUCAGAGGAUGAAAAAAAGCGUUUGGAAGACCUUCAGCUGUUUAAAAAUAAGGAAUCCAAUGUAGCUAUAGAGGUUGUUGAUGAUAGCAAAGAGAAAAGGACAAUCAUUCAUCAAGCUGUGAAAGGUCUAUUCCCUGGACUGGAAACCAAAACAGAGGAUAGAGAUGGAAAGAAAUACAUUAUAGCCUACCAUGCAGCUGGCAAAAAAGCCUUAUCAAAGGUCAGAACACCUUCAGAUCCACGUAAACAUUCUUGGCCAAAAUCCAGAGGGAGCUUUUGCCAUUUUGUACUGUACAAGGAAAACAAGGACACGAUGGAUGCCAUUAAUGUGCUUUCCAAAUUCUUAAGGGUUAAACCGAACAUAUUUUCUUACAUGGGGACCAAGGACAAGAGGGCCAUUACUGUUCAAACAAUUGCAGUUCUCAAAAUAUCAGCACAAAGAUUGGCUCAUUUGAACAAAUGUUUAAUGAACUUUAAAUUGGGAAACUUUACAUAUCAGAAGAGUCCACUGAAGUUGGGCGAACUCCAAGGAAAUCAUUUCACAGUGGUUUUAAGAAAUAUUACUGGAACAGAUGAAGAAAUUAAGCAAGCCAUGACCUCUCUCAGGGAUAUUGGAUUCAUAAAUUAUUAUGGCAUGCAAAGAUUCGGAACGACUGCUGUUCCUACUUAUCAGGUGGGAAGAGCUAUUCUUCAGAGUAACUGGAAUGAAAUGAUAGAUUUGAUCCUGAAACCAAGACCUGGAGCUGAAAAGGGAUAUCUGGUUCAAUGCAGAGAAGAGUGGGCAAAAACAAAAGACCCAGAUGCUGCACUGCGGAAACUGCCUGUUAAGCGUUGUGUUGAGGGUCAGCUGCUUCGUGGACUUUCAAAGUAUGGCCUGAAAAACAUUGUGACAGCGUUUGGCAUAAUUCCUAGGAACAACCGGUUAAUGUAUAUACACAGUUAUCAAAGUUAUGUAUGGAACAACAUGGUAAGCAAGAGAAUCGAGGAGUAUGGACUGAAAGUUGUUCCAGGGGACCUUGUUCUCAAAGGAGCAACUGCAAUUGUAGUGGAUGAAAGUAACAUUCACAAUUACACCAUUCAUGAUGUAGUGAUGCCGCUGCCAGGUUUUGAUGUCAUAUAUCCUAAGCACAAACUCGCUGAAGCUUAUGAAGAAAUGCUUGCUGUUGACAAACUGGAUAUUAAAAACAUGAGGCACAGAGUAAAAGACUACUCCUUAGCUGGAGCAUACAGAAAAAUAUUAAUACGACCACAAGAUGUUAGCUGGGAAGUAGUGUCCUAUGAUGAUCCUAAGAUUUCUCUAGUUCAAACUGAUAUAGAAAAGCUUGAAGGAAAACCAUUGCCGGUCUUUAUCACAGAAGGAAAAUACAGAGCUUUAAAAAUGGAGUUCUCCCUGCCUCCUUCUACAUAUGCCACAAUGGCUAUCAGAGAAGUCCUUAAAAUGGAUACCAGUAUCAAGAACCAGACCCAGCUGAAUACUGUGUGGUUGCGCUGAGCUUGUUCAAUUACCUCACAGGGAUACUCGUGAUUGAAAGAAACUGGGGAGAUAUAGCUUAUGGUCUUAAAGAAAAGGCUCUGUUACCUAUGGCAACCAGUCAUAGAGCAGCUUUCAUUUCUUAAAGUGCUUUUUGAAAAAUAAAAUCUGUUAUAAGGGGCUGCUAUGGACAACAAGGACUGGUUUUCUUUUACAGUUUUCAUAAUACUUUCCCAUUGUUUAUACCAAGCUUUUGUGUGUGUUUUAUUUUUUAUGCAAAUCCUGGCAAUUCUUUUAUUCAGCCAUGCCAUUCUUAUGUUCUCAAGUUAUUUCUUUCCUCAGUGUUGAGCUGUAUAUACUCACGUGUGCCAAAACAGAACCUAAGAUUUUCCAGUAUAACCAAAAAAGUUCAACAAAAUGUUGAAGUGAGAUUUGUCAUUAUACUGAAUUUACAUGUGGAUAAGGCGAGAUAGUUAGUUGGUGGGUAUGAUUCUGGCUUUGUCUGCCAUCACAGUGCUAAAAUAAUUGGAUUGGAAAUGAUCUGUUGAGGUGGUAAUGUUAACGUAUGCAAAGAUUUCCUGCAUACCAUUUUAUAUUUUUAGUUCUUUAAAGGAAAUUUGUUAUCAGUGUCUCUUGCACUAACCUGUUGGUACAGGCUUGUAGUGCGGGUGUCACUGAUGAAAAUGAUAUUGACCUUAAUUGGGCAGCAGGCUGGGUGCACAGGCGGCACUCUAGGAGCAUGUUGACGUCACUUCUGCAGCUUCCUCACUCUGCCCAGCUGCGAGCAAGCUGGAAGAAGCAGCAGCCGUGAAGUCGGCAUGCUCUGUUACUUUACCCCCAGGUGCGCCACUAUGGCCUCCCACCCACUCCUCUAACAAUGCCUCCUCACGAAUACUGAGCCACCCAUUUGGAGUAACUUAUCUUAAGGCCCUAACUUGCCGAUAUUCCCUUGCUUAUAUACACACUGCAGUAACAGCAUAGUCUAAAAAAAAGCAAUGUUUUGUAUUAUAUUUCUAUGGAGCGUUCGGUAAAAUGUAAAAUUACAUACUAAUAAAGUUUUCCUUUAAAGGCCUAGGGCACACUGAGGAAAAUGAGCUGAAAUUCUUUCUGCUCCAUACUGAAAUAAAGCAGAGUCCACAUUAAGUAAUUUGAAGCAGAUUUUGCCUCAAAAUCUGCCUGGAAUUUAACACUCAUUGAUUUUAAUGGAAGGUCCUGACAAGGAUUUAGUUUCAGCUUAAACAAUUAACAUGUCCUUUCUUGAAGAAGAAAUUAAAUUGUCAGGACUUUCCAUUGAAAUCAUUGGGGCUGUAUAUAAUUUCAGUAUGGAGAGAAAAAAGAGGAUUUCUGCAAGGAAACUUUGGGUAUGAGGAAAUUCUGUGAGGAAUUUUCAGUGUGGACCAGCCCUGCCCCAGAAUCGGCGCUAAUUUUGCAUGGAAGUUGCAGGUGUAACUAACCCCAAGAAGUCCCAUUGAACUUUCCUGGCCAGAUUCAGCCUAAAGAAUGAACAUGCUUAUUUCGGUGGAAUCAAUUAUUUAUUUUUUUUUUCUUAUAGAAUCAAAUUUCUUGUCAGACGUUUUGCUGUGGACGAGUUAGCAAAGGUCGAAAAAUAUAAUUGAAUGCCUAAUAAUGCACAAAGUAAUUUUACUAGAUCUCUUAACAUCAUUAUUCUCAUUGUUUUCUGUGCCCCAUCUCAUUAGCUUAAUCCAGGAUUUUGUUUUCCUUUAAGAAUUUAUCAAGAUUCCCCCCCCCCCCCUUUUGUAGCAAUUUACCACUUAUUAACCCUCUUUCACAUCAUGUUCAGGUAUAAAAUCUUAGGCUGGAUACACAGCACAGUAAACUGCUGCCGUAUACCGCAGCAAACCUUUGGUGGUCCCACGGACUUUAAUGGACCACUAGUGCCUAUGUUUGUGCACCAUGGAAACAAUCGGACAGCAGGUCUCCAGAAUGUAAUGCGAAAGGAGCCUUUAAAGUGAACUCUUGGGCUAUGUUCACACUACAAAAUGUCUGCGCAGAGAAUCUCUGUACGGGAAUGCGGUGUCUCAUAGAUGGCUAUGCAUUCCGUCCGGAGUUCCGCAGACACGGAAAACGGAAUUUCAAUGCUGGAAACAUCUGGCACGGAAAUUCCGCCGUGUGCACAUCGCAACAGAAUCCCGUUGACUUUAACAGGACUCUGCUUCAGCGAUGUGUGAAUGUGGCCUUAGCUGUAAUAAAAGGGGGAGCAAAUCUGGAUUUGGAGUGCUUAGAAAGUGGGGUUAUCUUUUUAAAAAGAAAGGAAUCGACAGCCACUUCAUGAUUUGCUGACUAUUAAUGCUGAUUAAUAAGGAACAAAUCUCAGGGGCUUCAGUCCUUAAAAAAUUAUCUAUUUUUUUUUUUCUCAGUAGAUAUAUCUGCUUAACUUUUAUUUAACUGAAAUGUUAACGUUUUAAAAUCUUAUGGGGAUACCUUAUUUUUCCCCAAGAGAAAACAAGGGCAUAUAAUUAAAUCUGUAAAGCCAUGAGAAAGUUUUGUUAACUUACGCUUCUGUGUUUCUUGCAAUCCUUCAGUCAUUUUAUUAAUAAAUUGAGUGAAUAAA